CUUCUCGAGACACCGUAGUUUGAAGUGCGGAAAUAUGGCGAACUGAGGAAAAGUUGACAAACAAGUUCGCUGUCAUGUGAGCAAGAAGAGGUACCCCCAAAGUUGGAUCACAAAUUCGACUCCGUGUCGCCUUGUCUCAACCUCCACCUCGUCCUAAACCAUGAGCAGCAUGGAGGAAGCAGAGGAAGCAGCCGAAGAGGAUCCCCCCGAGGAUGCGCCCAAGGAAGGGGACGUGUGGGCAUCGUCGGUUCGCUGCCUGGGAUACCUGUCCAGUCUGAACCUGGCGGUGGCUGUGUGCUUGGGCAUGUACGUGCGCUACGAGCUCUCGUCUGAGCCUAUGAUCCUGGUCAUCUUCAUCCUGGGCCUGUUCGUCUUAGGCAUCGCCAGCAUCCUCUACUACUACUUCUCCAUGGAGUCGGCCAGCAUGAGCCUCUUCUACCUGUGGUUCGGCUUCCUCCAGGGCCUCCUCUGCUUCCUCAACAGCCCGGCGCUGGAGGCCGACGUCAAGGAGCAGGUGACCAAUUACCUCCUGCUGGCCAGCGUGUCCGCCCGGGCGCUCUGGGCGGUGACGGAGCGCAUCGGGGGCAGCGUCCGCUACCGGCCGACGCUCCUCACCUCCGAGGAGAUGCUGGAGCUGCUGGGCUUCGCCAUCGCCAGCAUCACCCUGCCGAUGGAGAAGUCGACCGCCCUGCUGGCCCUGGUGCUGGCCCUGGCCGCCACGGUGGUGGACCUGCGCAUGAAGUCCCUCCUGGCCCUGCCCAACCUGGCCUGCUUCGCCGUGGUCACCUCGGCCUUCUUCUUCAAGGCCAUGAGCGUGCGCACCAACCCGUUCGCGCUCGGCUGCUACCUGGGCCGGCUGCUGUGCGACCCGCUGCUGGACGUCUACUUCAGCGGCCUGCCGCCGACCGACCGCUGGCGCCCGUUCCUCUCGCUGGGCCGCCUCUGGCGGAAGCUGUCGCUGCUGCCGCUGGCCCUGCUCGAGGGGGCCUUCUUCGGGCUGUGCGCCGUCAAGCUGGGCCACCUGGAGCUGUGGUACCUGGUCAUCCCGGGCUUCUGCGUGUUCGGCCUCUUCUGGCUGCUGUGCCACGCCGUGUUCCUGGCGUCCCUCUGGGGCUUCCACUCCAAGCUGGACGAGUGCCAGAAGGCCCACCGCGCCCAGGCGUCCGAGCUGCGGCCGCUCGACCGCGUCAUGGGCGCCCGGGGGAUGCGCCACUUCUGCCUGGUGUCCGAGAGACUGGUGUUCUUCAGCCUGCUGUCCACAGUCAUACUGGGCGCCGUGUCCUGGCAGCUCUCUAACGGGCUGUUCAUGGGUGUGCUGCUGGUGGUGCUGCCGUUGGAGUCGCUGGCCCACGGCCUUUUCCAUGAGCUGGGCGGCUGCCUUGGAGGCACCUGUGCUGGAUACGCCGUAGUCGUACCCACCAGCUACUACAGUGCUGACGGCCAGCCGGUCCUCCUCCCGCCGGAGCAGGUGCAGGAGCUGAACGCGCGCUCUACCGCCGCCCUGUCGGCCGUGCAGCGCCUCUUCUCGCACCACCUCAUCCACCCGUUCGGCUGCGACUACUCCACCAGCGGCCUGGGCCUGGAGGCCCUGCUGGCCAAGCUCCGCGCCUUCCUGGAGCUGCGCACCGCCGAGGGCCCGCGCCACGACACCUACCUGCUCUACUACAGCGGACACACGCUGCGCACCGGGGACUGGGCACUGGCAGGCGGGGACAAGCUGCAGAUGCACCAGCUCCUGGAGCUGUGGCGGGAGCGCAACGCGGACCACUGCUCGCGCCUCAUCCUGGUGCUGGACACGGACCACUCCCAGCCCUGGGUCCGCACCGUGCGCCGCGUCGAGGGCCUCUACGUGGCCGUGCAGGGAGCCCAGCUCCACGACACCACCGCCACCACCGCCCCUUCCGCUGCCCGCAACCGCUCCACCGACCUGGAGGCCGGCGACCCCCUCCUGGGCGACUCGUCCUCGCCGCCGCGCCUGGGCGACUUCACCAAGGCCUGGGUGGACUACAACUGCAGCGCCGCCGUCGCCGAGGGCAACGGCCGUCCCUGGGCGGAGCAGGCGGGCGCGCGUGGCAUGGAGGCGGACUACGGCGUGUCCAAGCCCUGGGCCGACUACUCGCUGCACCUGCCCACGGGCAGCGACGUGAGCCGCCACUGGGAGGCGCACUUCCCGCGCGCCACCUACCCGGCGCUGGCCGUGGCCAACUGGUGCUGCGCGCUGCAGCCGCUCUGGGCCUGCGCCGCCUGCCUCCGCUGCUUCCGCCGCCUCAAGAUGACCUGGUGCCCGCCCAGCGUGCUGGACACCGGACAGGGCAUACGCCUCGUGCGCUCUUGAGAACCGCUUUACACACACACACGCAAACACACACACACAUGCAAACGCACACAGCAUAGACAAGCACACGACCUCCGUUCUCCUGAAAAGAAACAUCCCACUGGUCUGCUUCUGAAUGCAGGUGCUGUGUGCCAAUGUUGACCGUACCUUAAUGUUAGGCCAAAU